CCCUGAGGACAAAAAAGUGCAGCGGAGUCUCUGAGAAUGAACACUUUCUUCUCUGAGAUGGUGUAUCUCUGCCUGGCUGUCACCGCAGUGCUGGGAGGACUAGUCCUUUGCAAACUCAAGAAGAGCUCAGGGCAGGUGGGGAGAAAGGUGAUCUGCCUGGUAGGCUUCUUGGGAGGACUUUGCCUGCUCAGCCUGUCUCUCUUCUGGAGCUCGAUCCUCUUUUCCCUGUCAUGUUUCCUCAUGUAUAUUUACUUAUCUUGUCAAGAGCUGUUACCCGUGGAUCAAAAGGCGGUGCUAAUCACAGGUAGUGAUUCCGGGUUUGGUCAUGCUUUGUCCAAGUAUCUGGACAAGCUGGGCUUCACAGUGUUUGCCGGAGUUCAGAAUGAAAAGGGAUCAGGAGCGGAGGAAUUGCGAAGAACCUGCUCUAAGCGCCUCUCUGUGCUCCAUCUGGAUGUCACCAACCCGCAGCAGAUAAAAGACGCCUACAGCAAAGUGGUGGAAAAGGUGCAGAACAGAGGACUGUGGGCUGUGGUCAACAAUGCUGGGAUCCUUGGUUUGCCCACUGAUGGGGAGCUCAUUCCCAUGACUGACUACAAAAACUGCAUGGCUGUGAAUUUCUUUGGGGCUGUGGAAGUCACGAAGUCAUUUUUGCCUCUUCUUAGGAAAUCCAAGGGAAGGCUGGUGAACGUCAGCAGCAUGGCAGGAAGUGUCCCAAUGGUAAAGCUGGCAGCCUAUGGCUCAUCCAAGGCGGCUCUGUGCAUGUUUUCAGCAGUUAUGAGACAAGAGCUUUCAGAAUGGGGAAUUAAAGUCUCUGUCAUCCAGCCUGGAGGCUUCAAAACAAAUAUCGUGGGCACAAAUGAAAUGUGGGACAAGCUGGAGAAGGACAUCUUAGAUCACCUCACCCCUGAUGUGCUGGAGGAUUAUGGCCAGGACUAUAUCCUUAUGCAACGAAAUUUUUUCAGCUUAGUCAACAAGUAUGGCCAUACGGACUUGACCCCUGUGCUCCUGAACAUCCAGCAUGCUAUCUCUGCUAAGAGACCCUUUACCUUUUACACACCGGGGUCAGGCGCUUGCCUGUUGAUCUACUUUGUUUCCUUUAGCCCAACAAUCAUAUUUGAUUAUUUCAGCAAAAAAUUUAAUUUCUUUGUAACUAGUAUGCCUAGAGCCCUAAGAAUGCCUAACUGGAAGAAUAAAGCCAUGUAGACAAAUAAGUGGGAAAUGUUUUAGUCUUGGAAUGAA